AUGUCACCAAUAACGGUUCAAGGUCGAAAUUGCGAACGAGAGUGGAGUUUAUCCGUGUCUUCAGUUUACUUGGCGACCAUUGAACGGGAAGAAAAUACAUUGAAACAAUCUAGCUCUUCCGAAGAAGUGGAUGGGAAACAAAGGAGUACUUGGCUAUCGGUUAUUUCCACACGUUUCUCUACACAACUUUGGCACACAAUACAUCAGCGUUCUUUGAAUGAUUGA